CUAUGUCGACCGCGAUGCGAUUGCUCACCGCCGCCUGCGCGCUCUCGGGCGCUCUGGGCCUCGUCGCGCCCGUGGCGCGCACCGCGUCCCGCGUCGCCCGCGCGUCGGAGCCCGGCCCCCAGACGCCGACGCCGGAGCCCGAGAAGCCCAAGCCGGCGCCGUCGCCGGUGAUCAUGCCCACCGUGACGGGCGCCAACGGUGAGCAGAUCGACGUCGUGAGCCGGCUGCUCAAGGACCGCAUCCUGCUCCUCGGCAGCGAGGUCAACGACGAGGUCGCCAACGUGCUCGUCGCGCAGAUGCUGUACCUCGCGAACGAGGACCCCGAGGGCGACAUCACGCUCUACAUCAACUCGCCCGGCGGCUCCGUGUCCGCGGGCAUGGCCAUCUACGACACGAUGCAGUUCAUCCCCUGCGACGUGUCCACGGUCUGCUUCGGCAUGGCCGCGUCCAUGGGCGCGUUCCUCCUCGGAGCCGGCUCCAAGGGCAAGCGCAAGUCGCUGCCGAACGCGCGGAUCAUGAUCCACCAGCCCCUCGGCGGCGCCCAGGGCCAGGCCGCCGACAUCGAGAUCCAGGCCAAGGAGAUCCUCUUCACCAAGGCCUGCAUCAACACCUACAUGUCCGAGUACACGGGCCAGCCCAUCGACAAGCUCGCCGAGGACACGGACCGCGACUUCUACAUGAUGCCCACGGAGGCCCAGGACUACGGCCUCAUCGACGAGUCGAGGAUGGUCAUGCAUUCGUGGCUAGCUUUCGCGCUCCUGCGCGUGUCGUCGGCGCUCGUCGCGCCGGCGCAGCGCGCGCGGAUCGGUAGCCAUCUCCCUGCCGGGAUCCAGUUCGGCGACACGGGCGGCGCGGCCAUCGUGCUCGACGACGUGGCCGUGCGGCGGGGCCCUGUGGAGCUGCUGAGCGGCGUGAGCUGGCGCGUGUUGCCCGGCGAGCGCUGGGGCAUCGUGGGCCCCAACGGCGCGGGCAAGUCGACGCUGCUCGGCGCGAUCCUGGGCGUCCACGAGUCGACGACGGGGGGGAUCGCCGUGAAGGAGGACGCGUCCGUCGGCUACCUCGAGCAGACGGGCGUCGGCGGGUCGUCGUCGACGGUCCGCGAGGAGGUCAUGUCGCGCAUGGGCGAUCUCGCUGCCGCGCAGGCCGAGCUCGACGCGGCGACGGCGGCCGUCGAGGGCGGCGACUACUCGGAGGCGGCGCUCGAGCGCAUGGGGACCGCGCAGGAGGACUUUGAAGACAAGGGCGGCUACACGGCGGAAGAAACAGUAGCCAAGGUGCUCGGCGGGUUGGGCUUCGACGUGAAGAGUGAUCUGGACCGGCCCUGCGGCGACUUCAGCGGCGGCUGGCAGAUGCGCAUCGCGCUCGCGCGGCUCCUCCUCUCGGGGCCCGAGAUGUUGUUAUUAGACGAGCCGACGAACCACCUCGACAGCGCCGCGCGGUCCUGGCUCGCGACCUACCUCGCGGACUACGAGGGCACGCUCGUCCUCGUGAGCCACGACACGGCCAUGCUCAAGCGCGCGCGCGGAUCAGGGCGGCACAAGAGAGCGAAAUUCCCAACUUCAAAGGCUCCGAUCGCGGCCGUUUUCCACUCGUGCGACUCCAUCGCGGAGGUCGUCGGCGAACAGCCGCGCGCGGACCGCCCCGCGGGCCACGGCCGGCGCCUCGAGGCCUACAAGAGCUGCUCCUUCGACAAGUGGCGCCAGCAGCGCGCCGAGCGCGCGGCCCAGUGGGUCACGGAGUACGAGAAGCAGAAGGUCGAGGAGGCGGAUCUGGAGGAUUUCAUCAGGAGAUUCGGAGCAAAAGCGUCGAAAGCGGCGCAGGCCAAGGACCGCGAGCGGAAGCUGGAGCGGCUGCGCGAGGUCAUGCGCCCGCGGCCGCCCGACGACAUCGUCCAGCUCGCGAAGACGCUCGCCGACGAGACGGAGGCGCUCAAGCAGGCGUCGCGCGACGACGCGCCGGAGACCAAUUUGGGCGACACGGUGGCGUCGCCGCUCCUGUCGACGCGCACGAAGACCUACCUGAAGUUGCCGACGCCGCCGGAGUGCGGCAAGAUGCCCGUGGAGCUCAAGGGGGCGACCUUUGGGUGGCCGCCGCGCGCGUCGUCGGCGCCGCGCGCGAAGCGCGCGCGGCGCUCCGACGACGAGCUCGAGCUCGAGGACAUCGACGUCGACGUGAAGCCCAUCGUCCGCGACGCGAAUUUGGCCGUGGAGCGCGGCAUGCGCAUCGUCGUGCGCGGCGCGAACGGCGCGGGCAAGUCGACGUUGGUGAAGGCGGUCGCGGGCGCGUUGCCGCUCAUCGCGGGCGAGCGCCGGUGCGACGACCGCCUGAGCCUCGGCUUCUUCCGCCAGGACCUGAGCCAGGAGCUCGACCAGGAGGCGACGGCGCUGGAGGUCGUGCUCCGGGGCACGCGGAAGGACGGCGACGCGAUGACGUCGGAGAAGCAGGGCCGCGACACGCUCGGCGCGCUGGGCCUCCGGGGCGAGAUGGCGCUGCGCAAGGUCGGCUCGCUCUCCGGCGGCGAGAAGGCGCGCGUCGCCCUCGCCUGCUUCGUGCUCGUGCCCAACAACGUGCUCAUCCUCGACGAGCCGUCGAACCACCUCGACGUCGACACCGUCGCGGCGCUCGCGAACGGUCUGAACGCCUUCGAGGGCGCGGUCAUCGUCGUGAGCCACGACCGCGCCUUCGUCGACGAGCUCAAGCCGACGCACGUCGCGACGGUGGCCGACGGCGCCGUGUCGCUCGAGAAGCGCGACCUCACGGACGCGGACUGGGACGUGUCGUCCAUCGACGAGCGCGGCGCGCCCGCGGCCGACGCCGUCGUCGUCGCGGAAGCCGAGGCGCCGGCGCCCGUCGUCGAGGUCGUCGAGGACGACAAGACGCGCAAGAAGCGCCACAACGCGCCGAAGCGCAUGGAGAAGCUCGAGGCGCUCAUCGCGGACGCGGAGGCCGCCGUCGCGGCCAUCGACGCCGACAUGGCGGCCGAGCGCGACGCGGGCGCGCUCAUGGGCCUCCAGGAGAAGCGCGACGCGACGCAGGCCGACGCCGACAAAUUCUGGGCCGAGUACGGCGAGCUCGAGGAGCUCCUCGCCGCGGCGUAAGGA